AUGCUAAGAGCCCAAACCAACAAAUUUAGGCAGAAAGACAAAGAAUCUCUUUUCGACGUUUGGGAGAGAUACAAGGACAUGAUGAGACCUUGUCCAUAUCAUGGACUUGAGCAAUGGCUGAUUAUCCAUACUUUCUAUAAUGGACUUCUAUACAACACUAAGAUGAAGUUAAACGCUGCAGUUGGUGGAGCUUUAAUGGAUAAACCUUAUGAAGACGCAUAUCAACUCAUUGAAAACAUGGCACAAAACUAUUUCCAAUGGGGAGGUGAGCGAACUACUACAGAAAAACCAACUACAAAGAUCGGAACAUACGAAGUCAAUGGCAUAGACCACAUCAAUGCUAAAGUGGAUGCUCUUACUCAAAAGAUUGAGAACUUAACCAUAACCCUAGCAGCUGUCGUAGCUGCUGUGGCACCCAACUGCGAAUUAUGCGGAACCCCUGGGCACACUAAUAUUGAAUGUAAAUUAUUAUUGGCUGGUAUUCCUACCGACCAAGUAAACUAUGCCCAAGGAAACCCAUAUUCCAACACCUAUAAUCCUGGCUGGAGAAAUCAUCCGAACUUUUCUUAUAAAAAUAACAAUGCUUUGUUUGCACCAAACCCAACACCUAUUGUACCUCCAGGUUAUCAGAAAGGAGCCCUUGCUGCUCCACAAGCUCCUAGGAAUUCAAAUCUCGAACUCAUGAUGGAAAACUUGAUGAACGCCAAAGUUCAACAAAACAAAGAUUUUGCUAAUCAAAAUGCUCACACGACAACAGCAGCCCCAACUGGAGCAUUUCCUGGUCAACCUCAACCAAAUCCAAAAGGUCAUGCUAACACUAUCACACUAAGAAUUGGGACAGAAUUAGAUGAACCAGUUAACCCAAGACUUCAAAAUCCAUCCAUGUAUCAAAACUCUGGUAAAGCAACUGAAAUGGUAACAACCGAUGAUCAACCAGAAGAACAAAAUGAUAAAAGAGAGGAAGACAAAAACAGUAGGCCGUAG